AGGAUGGCUCCAUCAAUCUGGCGAAGGUGCCUUUGCGAGACCGACUCUCUGUGGAUGCGAUGCUUCAGUACCAGAAAGAUCCAAGUCAUCAGCACCUUUGCACCACUACGGACGACAGCGGUGUGUUCCGCAUUUGUCCCACCACGGUGGAUGAUGAACGACCUGAACUCGCAGGACUUGGAUGGAAUGCCUCCCACAGCUGGGACUUUUGUUCUGAGCGUUUUGCAGAUCCGGCCUCUGGUGCAGUAGAAGAAGCAUGGAGACCGCCUACAACAGACACCUCCGUCCAUGAAGACGUGUCAGAGCCUCUGCCGCCUCCACAAGCACCACAGCUCCCUGAGCGCCCAGAGGAACCUCCUGAGGAGCUGCGCUUGGGCGACAUCGAAGAGCCUGUGGGCUAUAUUCCUCCGCCUGUGCCUGCAGCCUCUGCGGAGGAGCUGGAAACUCAUCCAAAUGGUCAGAUGGAGCUUCAUGCAGCGCAAGCCCAGCAGGCUGCGAUGCCCUGUCUACCACCGACAUGGAGCUCUUGGAGACGGUCAACAAGACAUUCGCGCAGCAUGAAGCCAGGUCGAAGCAGCUGCCGUCGUUACGCAGAUUUCCUGGUGUCUUGCGUGUGAGCAAGGGCGGUAGUGAACGGUUUGGUACCAUGUGGGCAGAGGUGAUUCAAGGAAGUUGACAGUGCGAGGAACCAAUCAAUCUACCAGCAGCAGGGCAAGGCAGGGAUUGUGGGAUGGCGCCCUGGGAUCAUGCCGUGCCCCGUGCCAUCACUGGGCGGUGGCAAAGUUCCACGCCGCUGGCAGCUUGAGUCAGAUUCGUAAA